UGUUACAGCUUUGUCUAUUAAAAAGAAAAUUUAAAACCCUGUAAAGAGCUUUAUAAACUAGGGUUUUGAGUUGUUAUUGUCCUCUGCCAGAGAUAGAUUCACAGAAGAGAAAGCCGCCACCACUCUUGCCUCCUAUUUUCUACUACCAAUUUCCGGAUGGAAUCUCAGGUGAAGCACGCCCUUGUUGUUAAAGUUAUGGGUCGAACAGGGUCUAGAGGUCAGGUGACUCAGGUUAGAGUGAAGUUUUUGGAUGAUCAAAACAGGCACAUCAUGAGGAAUGUGAAAGGACCUGUGAGAGAAGGAGACAUUCUCACCCUACUUGAGUCCGAAAGAGAAGCAAGAAGGUUGCGCUAGAGUAGCUCCCAAUGGUUUGGCCCAGGACUUCAACUAAACAUUUAUGUUUGUUUUCUUUGUGGCAAUUAGUGGAAGUCGAGUAUCUGGACCAAAAUUGUGCACCUAUGAUGUUUGUUUGAUGUCCUGCUACUCUGUUUGUGGAUGAGUUUUAGAUUAAUGAAGCUUUUUCUGUGUUGA